ACCCGUGAUUGAUUGGAGGUUACUGUACAAUAGCGGCGCAGUUCUUUGAGCGAACCAUGGUUGUCAUGGAGGAGCUUUUGGAGAGAGAGCUACAGCUUGGAGCGAACGGAUGGCUGAUUACCUUGGAGAAAGGAUGGAGAUGGUUACAGGAGAUUGUGAGGGACAUGUCUUUGCGGCUGCAAGCAGAGCUAGAGGUCGAAGAGGGAGCAAUUCCUCUGGCUGGUUGGCUGAAGGAUAAAAGUGAGGACAUGUUGGAGAUCAUCUGGGAGCUGGAGGAGGGGCCGGAUCCCCGCCUUGACGUCUGCAUCAAUUGGAGGAGGGCAGAUGGCAUCAUGUCUGUCUGCAAAACCCUCUUCAAUGGGGGUUGCGAUCUGUGUGCUCUUCUGGAGGACCGGUUGGAGGGCGAUAUUGAUGGUGAGGAGGCGCACGUGGCAACAGAGAACGAACGCAUAUGGCUACAAAAGAUUGUGAGGGACAUGUCUUUACGGCUGCAAAUGGAGCCAAAGGUCGAAGGCGGAGCGAUUUCUCUGGCUGGUUGGCUGAAGGAGAAAAGUGAGGACAUGCUGGGGAUAAUCUGGGAGCUGGAGGAGGGGCCGGAUCCUCGGGUUGACGUCUGCAUCGAUUGGAGGAGAGCAAAUGGCAUCAUGUCUGUCUGCAAGACCCUCUUCAAUGAGGGUCGCGAUCUGUAUGCUCUUCUGGAAGACCGGUUGGAGGGCGUUAUUGAUCGUGAGGACGCGGACAUGCCAAUAUAAGUAACAACUUUAACAUCAAGACCAUUAACAACAUUAGUAAAUGAGUGCGACAACA